AUGCCGUAUGCCAUUCUGGAAAGCACCACACCUCACCCAUUCAUCACACUGUUUAACUCAUCACCCCCACCCCAGUCAUCACCCCAACCAGACCCUUCAUCCUUCAAACCUUUACUUCAUCCACUCCACCCCAGUCAUCACUACUUCACUCUUUCACCCCCACCCCAGUCAUCACCGCCUCACAAACUACUUCACUCUUCACCCCCACCCCAGUCAUCACCGCCUCACAAACUACUUCACUCUUCACCUCCACCCCAGUCAUCACAGCCUCACAAACUACUUCACUCUUCACCCCCACACCAGUCAUCACCGCCUCACAAACUACUUCUGCACUCUUCACCUUCCACCCCAGUCAUCACCGCCUCCAGUCAAACUACUUCACUCUUCACCCCCACCCCAGUCAUCACCGCCUCUACUUCACUUCACUCCACCAGUCAUCACGCCUCACAAACUACUUCACUCUUCACCCCCACCCCAGUCAUCACCGCCUCACAAACUACUUCACUCUUCACCCCCACCCCAGUCAUCACCGCCUCACAAACUACUUCACUCUUCACCCCACCCCAGUCAUCACCGCCUCACAAACUACUUCACUCUUCACCUCCACCCAUCCCGCCUCACUACCCAGUCAUCACCGCCCUCACAAACUACUUCACUCUUCACCCCCACCCCAGUCAUCACAGCCUCACAAACUACUUCACUCUUCACCUCCACCCCAGUCAUCACCGCCUCACAAACUACUUUCUUCUCUUCACCAGUCAUCACCGCCUCCGCCUCACAAGCUACUUCACUCUUCACUUCCCACCAGUCAUCACCGCCUCACAAACUACUUCACUCUUCACCCACCAGUCAUCACGCCUCCAGCUCUUCACUCUUCACCUCCACCCCAGUCACCGCCUCACAAACUACUUCCUCUUCACCCCCACCCCAGUCAUCACCGCCUCACAAACUACUUCCUCUUCACCCCCACCCCAGUCAUCACCGCCUCACAAACUACUCACUCCCUCUUCACCCCCACCAGUCAUCACCGCCUCACAAACUACUUCACUCUUCACCUCCACCCCAGUCAUCACCGCCUCACAAACUACUUCACUCUUCACCCCACCCCAGUCAUCACAGCCUCACAAACUACUUCACUCUUCACCUCCACCCCAGUCAUCACCGCCUCACAAACUACUUCACUCUUCACCCCCACCCCAGUCAUCACCGCCCUCACAAACUACUUCACUCUUCACCCCACCCCAGUCAUCACCGCCUCACAACUACUUCACUCUUCUUCACAGCCUCACUUCUCCCCCCCAGUCAUCACCAGCCUCUCACAAACCAAACUACUUCCUCUUCACCUCCACCCCAGUCACCGCCUCACACCGCCUCACAAACUUCUUCACUCUUCACCCCCUCACCAGUCAUCACCGCCUCUACAACUAUUUCAUUCUUCACCUCCACCCCAGUCAUCACAGUCAUCAUCAGUCAUGCCUCACAAACUACUUCACUCUUCCACCCCCACCAGUCAUCACCGCCUCUCACAAACUACUUUCUCUUCACCUCCACCCCUCACAGCCUCACAAACUACCCUCUUCACCUCCCCCAGUCAUCAUCGCCUCAUAA